AUGGUUGCAUCUACAGCAUUCACGCUCCUUGUCGGUGCCUACAGCAGCGUCAUUACCGGUAUUCGCUUCGACCCUGCUUCGACCAACCUCUCUGUCCUCGGGACGUCUCCAUCGGGCAACAACCCAAGCUGGAUCGCCACCCAUCCACUAAAUAAUUCGAUCAUUGUUGCAACCAACGAGGGAAAUCCCGUUGGCGGUCUUUCGACUUUUCUAGUCACUGAUCGUUCAAAAGGAGCUGUUGUGCGAUCCAGCCAAGCCACUACCGGUGCCGACCCUGCCUACAUCGUUGCUCUGACCAAGCCCAGGCAGGUGGUGGUUAUGGACUAUUCUGGGGGAUCCGGGGCGUUUAUUCCUCUUAGAGAGGACCUGCUCACCCUUGACGAAUCCAAGGCCCAACGAAUCAAAUUCAACGCAACUCCUGGCGUUCCAAAUUGGACGGUCCAAGGGUUUGUUGAGCAAGUUCAGGGGAGCGGGCCGAGGCACAUUGCUGUCUCCGGGGACAUUUUGUAUACCCUUAAUGAGUUGAAGUCAACUCUGGUUUCUCAAACCCUUCCACCUCUUGGUAGCUACCAGAAACCAAAGACUAUUUCGUCGCUGUCGAUAGUACCCCAAGGAGCUAAUAGCUCCACUUUUGGGGCCGCCGAGUUGAUUUUGGACGAGAAGAGGGGAUUGUUAUACGCUAGCAACCGUAAUUUAGCACAGGUUCCUGACCCUCGCGGAGAUACUAUUGCUAUCUUCAGCUUUGACAAGUCCGGGAACCUUAAGCUUGUCAAGCAGGUGUUUACUGGAUUGAACCAAAUUCGUGCCAUGUCUCAAGGUGGAGAAGACACUCAAUACAUUGCCGCUGGCGGCAAAGAGGGCGGAGGACUCGUGGUUUACGAGAAGAUCAACAAUGGUCAAGACCUGAAAGAACGGGCCCGACUUCCCGCUGGUGUAGUUGCACAGCCCGCUAGCUUUGCGUGGUUGUAA